AUGGCGGUGUUGUCUGUGCGAUGCGUGAUACUAAUACUGGUUCAAGGAGUUCUGUGCUUGUUUGAAUCGGCACAACCUAUUCCGGACAACGUAAAAUCUCGAUAUUACGAACUGAAUGCAGAAAAACUCCGGGAUUUUUGGCAUUAUGCGAUGCUUCGUGGACUAAUCAAGGUUCGUGCAAGGGAACUCCUAUCAUUUCUUCCAAAUAUCGAAAAAAUUGUCUAUUGGCAAUGUGAAAAAGAUGCGAAAUCUGCAGUAGCACUAGCAAAAUGUGCUGUUCGAGUGUUUGAUGCUACGGAGAAUGCAAGAAGAAAGGAGGAGAAUUCAAAACUCAGAAAAUCUGGAGUGAUCACGAGUUUUAGUGCUCGUCUGUCAAAACCACAACCAUGGAUUGGCACUUAUGGUUACAGUACUCAGUUGAAGGAAAGCGAAUAUUCACCGUACCACAUCUACUCUACAAAAUCUAGAUAUCAUAAUCCAAUAAGAAAACAAAUAAGAACAGAAAAAUUAAACUCACAUAAGAAAAAACACAUUUCCUCGACAAAUGAAGCAAUGACGACUGAACAAAAUGUGGCCAGGAUAGAGGAGAUUCUGGAAAGGUCGACAAAGUCAAGAAUCAGGAGAAAACUAAACAGUUUAAAAGAAAAUGUUGACACUGGAUCAUCCAUAAAUUUGCAAGGAAUAGCAGUAAAAUAUCUUCGAAAAAUGCUCGGUGAAUCGUUGGGCUCCCCACAUCUCAAAAAUUUACGCUUAAUUCGGGACCAUUUUAAACGAGUUGAAAAGGUGAACAGCUAUUUCAAGCAGAUGAACGAAGAAAACAGAAGACUUUUCGAGAAAGUUGCUCUACCGAUUGACAGUCGAACGCCAGAGAUAACCAACAAUGCUGUGCCGGCAAUUGAACAAGUUCUAGCAAUUAUGAACGAAUUCGCGGCUACGAAAGCUGACAACGGUAAACUAUCCGUGCUUUCACCUCGUGUCCUCUCAUUGUUUCCGGAUUCGCCAAAAUCAUCAUCGAAACGUCUCCUAUCUCCCACAUUCUUCAGUUUUCAAAAAGAUGGCUACCUAUCUCUUCCAGAACUAUUUGAUAUCAUCACAACAAAUCAAAAAUAUCAGCAACUGAUGGUGGAUGUUUUGAUGGAUAUCAGUGGCGCUGGUGACGUAUUAGAGAAACUCAUUGUUGACAUGAAACCGGAGAUGGAUGAUUUGAAGAAUGUGAAACUACCGCUUGUUGAAGAGCUCUCAAAGAAGGAUACUGACUGGAUGCGGGUCCACGAUUCUUUCGACGAGGAACAAACCAGAUACUAUACCGAGCAUGGAUAUGCUUUUCUUAAUGAGCAUCAACUUAAUCUUAUUUACAGCAAGGAUGAGCAGCAGCUCUAUGGUAUGAAUACUUCAAAAUUGGGACUGAUGUCUGAUGCAGAGAAAGCGCAACGACUGGAGAAUGAUAUCCGAAAAUUGGCAGCUCUGGAUCGGCCGCAAUGGCCAACGUGGGAUGAAGGUGCUAAAAAUUAUAUUCCAUCACCUCAUUCAAUUGUAAAACGUCAUACCCACGCGACAAAUUCAAUAUCCAGUAACGUUGAUGAGAAAUCCACUGGCGGCUCCGAGAAUCAUGAGGAGGAACGUGUGAACGGAGUCCUAUACGAGACUUUUCGUCCGUUCGCUUUCACCACCCUCCUCGCAAGAGGUGGAGUAAUGGAGGUCGCCACACUUUCCCCACAUGCUUUCGUCACGGAACUUGCAAAUCCAGAAGCACUAGUUUUGCAAACCCUGUCACCUCGAGCAUUUGUUGCUUCCAUACUCUCUCCGGCGGCCCUCAUUGCUAGGAUCCUUUCGCCAACCGCUCUACGAGCAGAAGUUCUCUCACCAAGAGCUCUUCACUCGUGGGUCCUUAGUCCAGAAGCAAUGGUGGCUGAAGUGCUGUCUCCACGAUUCUUCGAUCCAAGAGUACUCUCUCCGGAAGCGCUAGUUAUCGAUGUGCUAAGAUUUCUUUCACCUCAUGUUCUAUCAUCAGAAAUAGGAGGAGUUAUUAUUUUAAGUCCGAAUAUUUUAUCUCCACGUGUGGCGAGUGAGGAAAAGCUUCUUGUUGAGGUUCUAUCUCCUCAUAUUCUUGGAGGUCAUGAAUCUCGCGAAGAGGAAAGUCGUGAAAAAGAAGCCGACGCUCGUCGUCCUACUCAUAACAGCACACAUUCAUAUCCUCAUAUCAUUACUGAUAUGAGGAAAUGA